UUCACGCAUGUCGUAUGUCAGGAAAGGAGAUUUUUGUGCUUCGAAGCAUACAAUAAUUAAAAAACACUCGGUUUCCUCGCGAAACAAUCCGUUCUAGCGCCAAACCGUGGACAAUAAUACCAAUAAAUUAAUAUUUGUGCGUUAAGUGUGUCGGUGCCGUCGCUUUUUUAAAUUAACUAAGUCGCUGAUCCUUGAACUAUAUCUGUAUAUUAUAGCCCCUAAAUUAUAUUAUUUAGAGUUGUUUGCGUCGUUUCCUGUAUUCGUGCGACAAUCGUAAUAUUCAAAAUUAGUAAAAAAGUUUUGUAACAAAGUGACCUUUGCGGUAGUAAAUAGUUAUGUGUUUAGCAAUGUUUGCCGGUUUAGCAAAUUUCCGAGUGCACGUAAAAAAGAUAAUUUGAUGAAGAAACUGUCUACCGAUGAUAUUGGCUGUGAGAGCUUUGGACACACCCUUUUCAUUCCCAUUUCCCUACCAUAUUUCCUAGCGACAUUCCUGUAAAUAAUUUUUAAACACUGCCAAUUAAUUUUAAAUACAAUAAUAAUUAUCAUAGUAAUAUUCCAUUUAUUCAUUCCAUACAUUAGAGAUUUCGAACCCAGUGUCUUUGCCAGUGAUAAAAAAUAAAUAAAAAUAAAUAUUUUUUGUCUAUGAACACAGUUCACCCGCUUUUAAAAAAUUAUUAUAUUAUCUACUGUUUUGUAGAUAUACGUUAAGUAUAGAGUUUUGUACCCUUAUAGAUUAUAAAAUUUUUCAUGAUUAUCUAUAAAUAACUUGAAAAAAAUUGCACCACUAUAUUUUUAAGCACACAAAGUUAUCUAGUAAUAAAUAUUUAUUGAAUUAAAUAUAAAACAAUUUACUAAAUAAAAGCAAUAAAUUAGCUUAACGUUUACAUAUAGAGUAAAUAUACAUAUAGUUUUUCUAACUCUAAGCUAAAUAUAUAGCUUUAUUUUUUAAUCGAUUCGUAUUUAAAAAUCUAAAUCGCGUGCCAUAGUAUAAUACGGAAGUCUAACACGGUUGCCGUUAUCCCAAUAACGUCGUUUCCAUUAUCCCGGUAACUUCGUUUCCGCUAUCCCGGUAACUUCGUUUCCGCUAUCCCGGUAACUUCGAUUCCGCUAUCCCGGUAACUUCGUUUCCGUUAUCCCGGUCCCUUGCAACGAUGGUGUGAACGGCAAUAAAAUGAGUUCCUCGCCAGCCGUCGAGCCGACGACGCCAGCCGCGCCCGCGUCGCCCGCGGUCCGACCGCCGGAGUACCCGCAGUUUCAUACGUCGACGCCGAAUUAUCUAAAGAAGACUCAUCAGCCCUUAAGUGUCGUACUCUCGAAUUCUGCGCCUUCGUCGCCGCCUACAUACGGAGAGCCUACACUCACGCCUCCGCCCCGCUCGCCCGGGGCUCCGCUAUCGACCCCCGCGUCUGGAGACAGCAGGGCGCAGCCCCCGGACGGCACUUCUUCUGAUAAGUCGUCGGAAACGGCCGUUGGCGUACCGCGCAACGCAAGCACGGCGUUGUCACGCAAGGAGAGCUAUAAGGCGCAACGUCAACAUUAUAGAAAGGAGAAGAAAAGAGCGGCGACUGCGUUGUUGCACUCUAUAGAGGACCCGUCGGUUGUUGUGCUCGCUGAUUGGCUAAAGGUUCGCGGAUCAUUGAAAUCAUGGACUAAAUUAUGGUGCGUGCUAAAACCUGGUUUAUUGCUUCUAUAUAAGAGUCCGAAAGCCAAGCGAAGCCACUGGGUAGGCACAGUGUUACUAACGUCUUGCCAAGUAAUAGAGAGACCGAGCAAAAAGGACGGUUUCUGCUUCAAGCUAUACCAUCCGCUUGAACAGAGCAUUUGGGCACCGAGGGGACCGCACAACGAGACUAUUGGUGCAGUAGUACAACCGUUGCCAACCGCGCACCUAAUAUUCCGAGCGCCGUCACAAGCGGCCGGCCACUGUUGGCUCGACGGGCUCGAACUGGCCCUGCGCUGUAGUAAUGCUAUGCUCAGAUGUUCCCGUUCAAGACCAGAGCAAGCUGUAGAUGCUCCUGCGUCACAGACGAAUAUAUCUCAUGAGGAAUUGGAGAAACAUUUUAAUGAGCACGUAUUCUCACCAGACACGACAGUAUCCACCCCGUACUUACCCCGCAAACGACCCCCAAAACGAUCUUCCUCAAGCGACAACAUGAAAACCGAAAGGCUAGAAGUGAAACAAAUUCGCCACAGGAGUUUAACCUCUAGCCCCAUGAACUUAGAGUUGAUUCGCAAAUCACCAAUCUUGAAAUUCUUCGACAUGCCCAAAUUGGUCUUAAAACAAGGCACCAAAAAAGAGGAGCUGUCAAAAUACGAUAGACGUAGUUCUACGCCGUCUAUACGCAAAUCGAAAGCUGCGCAAAAACGUAUAAGCGAAUUGCGCGAAUCUGGAGCUAAAACGGACUCGGAAAAUGAUGAAUCGUUCCAUAGUAAGCUAAAAAGAAGGUUGGCUAAUUCUGAGGUCAUUUGCGAUACGCCAGAGAAUAUCUUGAUAACUAAAACGGCGCCGAGUGACGAAAGAUUCAGGGAUACGACCACUUCGUCGUCGGAGGAUCUGGAUGUACAAGGGUGUAGUGUUAGAACGAGUCCAUACAAGAAAUACUCGCUGAUAGACUAUCACAAACUACCCUCAAUCAGUUAUGAAGCGUCACAAACUGAACGCAGAGACGACAGGAUCAGUCAGGACAGUGUGUAUGUCGCUGGGAAGGUUGUUACCGAACUAGCGGGUGCCGCGUCUGAUACAGACAGUGAGGGAUCCCGUGGCGGGAUGCCGGAGGUCCAGCCGGAUCCUGUUGUUAGAAAACGGGAUAUAAUAGCGAGGAUAGAGGCGCUAUAUGUUGAAGAUCCGGACAGAGAGAUUGGCGCGGCAGGGGAGCUAGUAGAAGAAGUGGCGGAAGAAAACAAGUCGCUCCUAUGGUUCCUGCUGAAACAGGUCCGUCCCGGGAUGGACCUCAGCAAGGUGGUGUUGCCGACCUUCAUCCUGGAGCCGAGGUCGUUCCUGGAUAAAUUGUCGGAUAAUUAUUAUCAUGCGGAUUUGUUGGGACAGGCACAAUCCCUAGACGACCCUUACCAACGUUUCAAGGGUGUACUCCGUUGGUACCUAUCCGGUCUAUACCGCAAGCCCAAGGGCCUCAAGAAGCCCUACAACCCGGUGCUGGGAGAGACCUUCCGUUGUUGCUGGCGGCACUCGAACGAUAAUUAUACGUAUUAUAUUGCUGAACAGGUAUCGCAUCACCCGCCGGUGUCGGCUUUCUAUAUAUCCAAUAGAAAGGAGGGCUUCGUGAUAGAAGGCAGCUUGUUGGCUAGGUCUAAGUUUUAUGGUAAUUCAACAUCAGCCAUACUAGAAGGUUGCGCGCGUAUACAAUUUCUCAACUGGGGAGAAACAUACAUAACGACUGCGCCGUACGCACACUGCAAGGGGAUAGUUAUCGGCACGCUUAGUAUGGAGCUUGGUGGAAAAGUGCACAUUAUAUGCCAAGAGACGGGAUAUCAGGCUGAUGUCGAAUUCAAAUUAAGAUCGUUCCUCGGCGGCGCGGAUCAAACGAACGCAAUUUCCGGACGAAUAAAGCGCGGGAAAGACACAAUAGCAACGAUCGACGGGUAUUGGGACGGACGGAUCGACAUAAAGGACAAGAGGAGCGGGGAAGAAUCCAGUCUCCUCGACGUUUCAAUACUAAAAGAACAACGCUUACCUCGCUUUCUAGUAAAUAUAGAUAAACAGCACGAGUGGGAGUCGCAGAGGCUGUGGAUUAAAGUGUCAGAGGCUAUACAUAAUGAGGAUCAGGUGGUAGCGACGGAACAAAAAACGAUAAUCGAAGAAGCGCAACGCACACGAGCCCGCAACCUGACGGCCCCCUGGGUGCCGAGACUGUUCCACAGGGACUCCGCCGGCACUCCGCCUGAGGGUAUAGUUGAUCAAGGAUGGAGAUAUAAUCAUUCAGACACAAGCCCAUGGCAAGCGGACGAAAUAAUAGAGUACGAAGACGACUUCGUGAUCCGCUCCGUGAAGUCGGGUCCUUCGAGCCUAGGGGGUGUUGGGGGUGUUGGAGGUGUUGGAGGUGUUGGGGGUGCGAGGUUGAGGGACCUGCCAAGAUCGGAUUCGGACAGUCACGACGAUUUGGCGCCUAGGUCUAAGACCAACACGCGAACAAUGAAACAAACGCUAUACUCGAUAGACUCAACGCUCCGCGAACAAUCGCUGGCCAUAGAACGACUUUCUAGAACAGUCGAGAUGUUGAACGAGAACCAAAGGGCGGCGACAUACAGGCCACAGAACAUGGGCCGAGUGCCAUCGACGAACCACUCGUGGGACUUGUUUGCCGGUUUCGUGCUGGCCAUGCUCCUGCAGUCGCUGCUCAACUGGCUGUUCUAUAAAAAAGAUUGAGUGACAGCUGACAGUUGACGUUUGACAGUUGACAGUGACAGUUGACGUGUCGAGUUUUUUUUUCGUCUGUGCCGGGCGCGCUGGCGCGGUUUUUCGUUUGACAGGUGGUGGGCGGGUGGUGUUUAAAAAAAAUGUUGUUUUUUUUUAUUUCAUGCCAGUUGAAAUAAAUUGUUUUGUUUAAAUGCCAAUUGUAAUGAUGUUUGUAUUGAUUUAUAAAUGUAAUGCCAAUAAAUAAUUGAUUAGAAUGCAUUAAUUGUAAAAAUUUGCGUUUUUAGGGACAAAAUAUUUACAGUUUUCAUAUUGUUUUA